UCUAAGGAGCCGAGCUUGGCGGCUGCAAGCAUCUCAGCCCUGUGUCCCCCCCCGCCACCCUGGCUCAUCAUAUGAUUUCUCCUAAGGGAUAACCACUGACCGAGACCGCGUCUCCGAGCUGAUCCUUUGCUGAUAAGCAGGCUGCCAAGUCUCCAGCGCUAAGACAAAAGAGUUUUUCUCUUCCGAGCAGGUUUUUCUGCUGUGAAUGACAGAGGAAGGGGGAAAAGCAAGCUGCCUGGCACUCCUCACAGGCAAGAGGCUUUGGGGGCUCCUUCCCCGCUGCUGUGCUGGCAGACCAUGGAGCUUUUCAGGCUGAGCCUGGGCUGUAUUUGCCUCCUUCCUUGGCUUGAGGUAGCAGAAGGACAAGGCUUCCUCAUAAGGAACACCCAGGUGGAAAAGUGCAUUCGUGUCUCCCACCAUGAGACCAGCCGCAUCAGCCUGACUGACUGCAAGGUGCACUCCCAGCAGCAGCAGUGGAGCUGGGACCCCACCACCAGGACCAUCGUCAGCCUUCAAACAAAGCAGUGCUUGUCAGCUCACAAGUGGCAGGAGUAUGUCCUGGUCAAGCUGGAGCCCUGCGGGGACUGGGAACGCCAAGCAUGGUCCUGCAGCAAGAAGGGACGCCUCUCUGUGCAGGGCUUCCACCUCAGCACCAAGGAAGGAGGCCACAAGGUCUUUUUCACAAGGGAGAAGGACAAAUUCAGCAAGUGGAAAACUUUAGCAGAUGAAACAAUCUGUGCUGCUACCCGGACAGCAGCUCUGAGGCCCAGCAAACCAACACAACAUGCUGUAGACACACGAGUGUGGAGCUAUGAAACUAAAACCAUUGAUUCAUCAAAGAUUGCUGUCGUGGACAGAGAAUCUUCUGUGAGCUUGACUGACCCACCUCUGGCUAACAAAUUGAAUAGCACUGUGUCGCCAGCGAAGACCAAACAGGCAUACCUCCCAGCAAAUGAGGAUGUGUCCCACAAUCACUCUAAAAAGCACCACGGAAAUCGAGGGAAAAAUGCUGGGGCCAGGCUUGCAGGCACCAACUGGAAGACGGCCAUGCUGGUCCUCAGCCCCUUGGCAUUCAUACUGGGAUUAAUAAUACUGACACUCAAUGUUCAUUACAACAAGAAGAAGAAAAUACUCUCUGCUCUGAAGAGCUCUCCAGCCAACAGCAGCAGAGCUGACUUACGGGAGCCAUCUCCCUUACGAAGAGGUCCCCAGCCGUACCUUCCACCAUCUCGCUCACCUUCCUUGAGGCAUGGAGAGAUCCUCAUUGAGUGGAAAGACGGGACUGUCACUCCUCUGUUUGAUAAUGCCAAUUAUCAAAUGGACUAGCUCCAAAAUAAUGGAGCUGUUGUUCCAUCCUGUGUCACUCUUCCCACCAGGAAGAGUGCCACCAUAGCCGAUCUCCUCCCUAGCCUUGCUCUUCUGACAGGGAGUUGUAAGCGCUGUUUGAUUUGGUUUUUUUAACACUUGGGAACAAUCUCCUUGCACAGCAUGAAGUUGAAGCAAGCAGAGCAGAUUGUUUGAUAUGUAUAGGCACAUGCUGCUUAGCUCUUCCAGAGCUGAUUUAACCCAUAACAAACCCCAAAUUUAGCUAAAUGAAGCUAAGACUCUUGCCAGCUGCAACUGUCCAUUGCCUUGAAAUUGCAGAGUUACUGAGCAUAUGAGAAAGCAAAUCCUUGGAGACAAAGCAUAAGGUGAAAAACACAAGUCCUGAUGAUCCUUAAAUCCUUUUUAAGAUAAAAGUAGCUGCCAACAGACACAGAAGGCAGUCAGUUAUUUUGUCAAUGUGAGAACAUAACUAAUAAGCACUGCCUUCAAAGAUUAGUCUCUUCCAGAUAUCUGCCAAAAUACUCUCCCCACUAAGUUAUCAAUUCAGUAACAGCAAGUAAUUUUUCUAACUUAAAAGGUAGCACUCCAUUGUCCUCUCUGCAUCACUACAAGAGUCCUGCUGAGAGAACUUGCAUCUCUUAAAAUGUUUCCAAAUUUAGGAUGUAUUAGACCUUAUUACAGCACACAUGCUCUUUCUUUAUGUAGAAUGACAAGUAACAUCGGUGAUGCUUGUCAGGGAUUUUACAUUAUUCAGCCAUUUUAUUAUACCAGUUUCAGUUUCUAAUUUCCUAUAGUCAUAUGGAAUAGUCAAUGAACAGAUACACUGCUCCCAUCUAGAGCAGUAAUACAGUCUUUAAUAUAGAAAGGAGUAAGACAUUGUUUUCAGCCUUUACACUUCCUGUUUGAGCAUAAUUACCUGUGACCCAUCACACUCAAUCCUCAUCUUUUCUCAGUGAAACUUGCAAUGGCUUGGUGCUUUCCUAAUGUUCAUGAAUUUUUGCUUUCCUUCUCUCUGAUCUUGUGAUGAUGUAAAUCAUAAUCAUGGCUAUAAAUCAUGAAUUAUUUGGAGAAAGAAAUACUAACACCAAGAAAUUACAAGUAUGAGCUGCAUCAGUAUAUUUGUUCAGUAGAGCAAGGGAAACCAUAUCCUAACCUGUCUCUUACGCAAACAACACUUUUCACUUUACUUAAGUUGUUGUGCUACUUCAGAGGAGCUCGGAAUUCUCUAGAGUUUGAUUUUAUUUAACCUAAGGCAGAAGUAAGGUCUCUAGGGAAUUUAAAGUCUCUGAUUUUUUUUAAUACAUAUUUUGUAAUUUUUUUCUUUUUAAACAUAGAUCCACACCCUAGUAAAAAGUUAACUGCCGUGAGAUGUUAUAAUGACCAAGAACUUAGCUGGUCUCAAGAAAGAAAAUACAAACAUUAUUGGUUCAGGGCAUAAAAAUCAUAGAGGUUGGAAAUAAAUGUCUUCCCCAGACAGAUUAUUCCAUAAUUAUUUACUGGAGGGUUUCCCACAUGCUCCUUGGGAAAAUAUUUUACCAUUAGACAUGGGCAGAGGAAGAAGUCUUUCUUCACCAGUAAGCAGUGAACACAAACAACGCAGACAGAAUUAAAUUCUGACUUUCCAACGUUUCCAUUUUUAAAACAAAUCCAAAGACUUGGGUCAAGUUUCCAAAUGCAUAAGCAUUAUUUUACACACAAAAUUUGUAGGAAUACAUUCUGUACACAAAUCACUUGAAAUGCACAUGCAGUGCCUCACCAAUUAUCAGUUACAUCCCUUGUACCUUUUUCUACCACAGUUAAGAUGCUUGCCUUUGAAAUUUUGUCCGAGGAGCACAUCACUUUACAGUGCACGGCACUUGUUGCCCUCCAAAACCUAGACACACUUUGGUAACACGACGUAUGCAGUGCCAGUAAAAUGCAAAUACUUGUUCAGCUAAUGUUUUGCUUUCCAAAGCAGCAAGUGCUUGUGUUCAUUACUGCUGAAUGGGCUGAACAGAUGACUUGUUAGUUAAUGACUCUCUAUAAUUCAUACUUAAUAUGCUAAUCUUGCUCAUAAACAUGAAGGCAGUAACACCAUUGUUUACAUAGAACUGAUUAAAUGGUAGCUCAAACAAUAAUGAAAAAUUAAGACUGUGAAGCAGCACAGGCUUUUUAACUGUUUUCUCCCCCUCUCUUUUACUGGUUGUUACCUUUUAGUUAUUUCUCACUGGUCUAAGUACAUUAGAUACUAUAGACCAAAUUCUCCAAGGUAUGGACAGAAGAGCUGAAGAUCACAAGAUCUUCAUCACAAGAGGUCUUAAAAAGCAUGUUAGCCAAACGUCCAUCAGGAAAGACUCCAAAAUAGCUGAUUCUGCCUUGGGGCUGGACCGGGUGACAGCGGGAGACACUUUCCAUCCUCUGCUUCGAAAGCUAGCUGAGAAACACUCAGAGCAAUCACCCAACCCGUGUGCUGUUCACUGUCUGCCAUCACCUGAAUGCAAUGCUUGUAAACAGCAUUAAUAAUCAAAAUAAAACCUGACUGUAAAGUGGAGGCGCACUGAAAUUGUUUAUAGGUGUGUGUGUAUAUAUAUAUAAAGCUCCCUUACAGCACAUGCUUUUCUGUGUGUGUAUGCAUGUGUACAUAUAUACAUAUUAAAAAAAAAAAAAAAAGAGCUA